AUGGACCAUCAGAUAUGCAGUAAGAGUGAACGCGUUCAAAACAUGCUGGUCACCCAAAGCAACAGUGUUGAGAUAUACUUCGUCAGGCAGAACACACCGAACUUGAAGUUUCUCGUUAAAUAUGAAGCCUUAUUAAAUAGCACUGAACAAUUGAACGUGAUUAUUCAACAUCCCUGUUUCAAUACUUUAUUCUUAAAAAAUAUAACAGUUUUGAUUAUUAUUAAUUACAAGCAGUUAACAGAGACAAUAGGAUGUGCAGACCUCAUCCUGCCAGCUUCCUCUUCCUUCAGCAUCCUGGAUCGCAAAGGUGACGGCCUCUCCAUAGCCUGCAGCUUCAACAAGCGACAGCUCAUCUCGCACCUGACAUGCCACGACCGAAGGUGGAUUGGCGAGUUGAGAAACUGUUCGGCACUUCAUGGUGGCACCGCUUCCUCCGGCAAUAACGCUGACUCUAGUCGGUUGAUUUCAUCCAAUUAUUUCAUUACUCCAUUCUAUUAUGUAGUUUAG